AUGAGUAAAUUAUCGGAAUUGCCAAAGACUUCGUCUUUUUCAAGCUAUAUAGAACCAGAUGGGAAGAUCGCCUCUACGGAAGUAGCUGCGAAGAAUGAAGAUGGCAUUAUCAAUAAACCAAGAAUACUCUCGUCAGGAGGAUUUUCCUAUUCGUUGCCCGAGUUGAGAAAGGAGUAUCGAUUCUUGACUGCUAACGAAGCGGCCUUGAACGAUCUUGGACUUGAUCCGGAACAAGUCAACGAUAAAGAGUUCCAAGAAUUAGUCAGCGGAGAAUUCUACCUAAUGUACAAAGAUACGUUUCAAGAUAAAGGUUAUCCAUUUCCAUACUCCCAGGCAUAUGCUGGCUGGCAAUUUGGUCAAUUCGCUGGACAAUUGGGCGACGGAAGAGUGGUGAACCUCUUUGAAGUGCCGAAAGCAAAAGUGCAGUCAAAUAAUAGGCACAAGUAUGAAGUGCAAUUGAAGGGCUCUGGUAAGACUCCGUACUCGAGAUUUGCUGACGGAAAGGCUGUUCUCAGGUCUUCUAUUCGUGAAUACAUAAUCUCUGAGCACUUGAAUGCCAUUGGAAUCCCAACCACCAGAGCUUUGUCGCUCACGUAUCUUCCUGCUACUUACGCCCAGAGACAUGCUGCCGAGAAAUGUGCCAUUGUGUCUAGAUUCGCUGAGCUGUGGAUCAGGUUGGGCACGUUCGAUCUUUACAGAUGGAGGGGCGAUAGAAGUGGUAUAAGGAAGUUGAGUGAUUAUGUCAUUGAUGAGCUCUUCACUGUAGAGGGUACUAAAUUCUGCAACUUUGAAAACCUUCUCAGGGAAAAGUCUGACUUCUUUGAUAACACUACCGAAUCACUCGGUGAACUAACUGACUACGAUAAAAUGUAUUACGAAACUAUAGUGAGAAAUGCCACUACCACGGCUCUCACACAAUCCUAUGGGUUCUUGAAUGGAGUCUUGAAUACUGAUAAUACUUCUAUUCUUGGCUUGACAAUGGACUUUGGUCCUUUCUCUAUCAUGGACAAGUACAGUCCAACGUACACUCCCAAUUCAGAAGACCACGAACAGAGAUACGGGUACCGUAAUACUCCUACGGCAAUCUGGUGGAACUUAACCAGAUUAGGUGAAGACUUGGCUGAAUUGAUAGGUGCCGGUUCCAAAUUGUUAUCUGAUCCUAAAUUUGAAAGAGGCGAAAUAGAUAAGGAUUGGGAAGAUGCAAUUAUCAAGAGAGCUACUAAAAUAAUAGAAAUAGGUGGAGAUGUAUACCAAUACGCAUUUACCAAGAAGUAUGUGGAAACUUUCUUUGCCCGUUUGGGUAUAUCGCCAAAGAUAAUAGACUACACAAAUAUUGAUAAGCACAACGUCGAGUUGAUUGCACCCUUGCUUGAAGUGCUAUACAAAGUCAAAUGUGACUACAAUAAGUUUUUCUUAAUAUUGCAGGACCAGAAAUUUGAUGCUGAGAACUAUAACCCCGACGCAAUUGCCGAUAAUAUUUUGGCUCCUUCUUAUGACGAGAAUGAUAACAGAUACUCUAAAAAGGAAUUGACCGAUGAAAUUAAAAGCUGGUUAGGGGUAUACCGUGCACAUUUGGAAGAGUCUCGGGCAAUAGAUCCUACCUUCUCCCGCUUAGAAAGCAAGAAGUAUAAUCCUGUGUUCUUGCCCCGCAACUGGAUUCUCGACCAGGUUAUUGCCCAUGUUCAAGAUUCGGGUGCUUACGACUUGUCCUACUUGAAAAAGUUAGAGAGGAUGAGUUUCUAUCCAUUUGAUUCCACUAAAUGGGGUGAUGACUUGAAAGAGUUGGAACAAUCAUGGUUGCUUCAGGGAGACAAAGGAGAAGAUUAUUCCAUGCUACAAUGCAGUUGUGCCAGUUAG